AUGGCUAUCCACCUGGGGGUGGUUACCCUGGCCUUGGCUGCCCUCCUCAUUGUGGACAGGGAAGUGCCAGUGUCCUCAGGAAAGUUCAUUUCCGCCAGAACGCCUAUCUGCGAGAGCAUGGCAGAACCUCCAAAUUGUCCCCAGACACCUAAUCUCAUCUGUGGCACUGAUGGGGUCACAUACAAAAAUGAAUGUCAUCUCUGCUUGACUCGUAUAAAAACCAAAAAAGACAUCCAGAUCAUAAAGGAUGGUGAAUGCUGAAUCCAAAGGAGUGCCUUGAGCCAUGAAGCUUUAUACUAAAGAACAGCAGAGGGCAGAAAAAUGUGAUGUAAAAUAAAAGAUCAGCCAUCCGAUCAGCGAUGUGGACCAGUGUCUUGGGAACUUGGGAGGUGGUUGCAGAUCUCCCACUGUCUGCCCUGCUCGAAAUCUGAUGUGCAACUCCUCUCCAUCUCUCUGAUGCUUCUCAACCAUGUCACAUGUCCUCUCAGAAGUCCCAGUUAUCUUCUGCCUAAUUGAGAGUUCAGCCUCUCAUACUUCUUACUGUUCCUGCCUGACCUGGCCUGCCCUAUUUGGACAAGGAUCUAAAUGAGAUCAAUACCAUUCAGGUGUAUGGCUCAGCUUCACCCUUCUUGACUGUUGCUGAUGGAUAUGUAGAGCAUGCAGACAGCAAAACACAGCAAUUUAACACAGGCACAGUACACAAGCUGUGUUGUGUACACAGUACAACUGGACUACUUAUAGUAAUAUUGAACCAGGUCAUUAAUAUUCAAAACCAUAAGCUUCCCCAAGCCCUGAGUGCCCUCCCACACCCCUGGGCCACACAGAUUAUCCCUGGAAAGGUCUGCAUAUCUCAGUGUCCAAUGUCUCAGGUUAACUAACUCCUGGCACAAGAUUCCAGAACUGUUUUGCUCUUUAAGUCAGCAUCUACUGGCUGGUUGACAUUAGACACAACUCCAGGCACACACAGCACACAGACACUCACAGUGGCCCCUGGGGACCCACAGCAUCCAGAAAUUCCAUGAGACCCAAGCUUACAAUAUAUGCCAAAGUCUAUAGGAGGAGCUCUUAACAAUGGUGAAUGUGUAGAGGCCUGGCCAGGUGGGAGCAGUUUCAUACAACUCAGAUUUCUGCCCCAGGGGUUCGAAUAAGUAGGAGAUACUGUGAGAAAACAUAUCAAAGGGGAAAGCAGGGCAGGGAAGAAAGGAGCCAACACUGCCUGAACCACUAAAAUGGAACCACCAGAACGAACUGCUGCUGAUGGAUGCACAGGUACAGGGACUAGGUCUUCUAUAGUUCCCAUUACCACUGUUGAUAAACUUGCUUUCCACCUGCAUACGAAUGAUGUAGGAUUAAAUUUGGCUGUGAGACAGAAAACCAAAAUUGUAGUGGUUAAAGAAAAUAGACCUCUGCUCCUAUAUUGUGACUCUGCCAACCCCACAACACUAUUCUCAAGGUCCAAAACAGCUAUUCCAAUUCCAGCCAUCGCAUCUAUAUUCAAGACCACAGAGAAUAGGAAGCAGCCUACCACCUGCCACUGAACAGACACACACACACACAUACAUUGAAAGCUUAGAACAGUAUAGCCCACAAGAACUUCUAAUAAUGUGGCCCAGCCAGGAAUGAGACAUAAGCCUGUAAUCCCAGGUACUUGGGCAGCAAAAGGACUAUAAAUUUGAGCCAGCCUGAAAACUUAGUGAGAACCUGUCUCAAAAUAAAAAGUAA